AUUACGUGAACCCCGGGGGACUGUUCCGGAAGUUGAGCUCCUGAAGUAAUUACAUAGUCACUUACGUAGUUGUAGUUAACUAUUCAUUGAUUGUAAUUGAUUGUUAUUUGAUACUCAUGGUAUAUAAGAACGGACAUGCGUUAGAUCGGGGGGUUUUGUGAAAGAGAUUGUUAAGAGAGAUUGCUAAGAGAUUGUUACCGAAUAUUGAAGAGAUUGUGAAGAAUAAAGAAGAGAAAACGGAGAUCGUUCCCAGAGUGUCGUUUGGAUAGAUACAUUUCCAACACGUGGUCCUUCGAGCCGGAUUUGUGAUCGAGAGCGGUUCAAGAGUUGAGAUCGGGAAGUUUCAAGCGUGCUGAUCGCCAUGGCGGAACUCGCAAAAAAGAAGAAAGUCCGGGGAGCUCACAGAGGUGCAGCGACGAGACUAAUACAGAAGGCACAUGCCCUUUUAGAUGGAGAAGAAUCAGACGCCGAAGAUGAUUUAAGACAGAUUUGCGGUAGUGCAAAGGAGAAGAUCGCCACGCUGCGCGCGUUGGACGACGAGAUUUUAGAACUCCUGGUCGAGGCGGAAGACGACGAAGAUUUAGAAAAGUUCCUCGAUGAAGGAGAUGAGAUGCGGGGGAAACUCCACAAGAUAGUAUUCAAGAUAGAAGAACUGUUAUCUCAGAAAACGAUGAAUACUAGUGCCCGAGGCUCAGUUACUUCAGUCGCCUCGAGCGAACACAAAAACAACCCCAAGGUGAGGGCUAGAUUGCCUAAACUUGAAGUCAGAAAAUUUGGAGGGAAGAUUCAAGAAUGGCCCGAGUUCUGGGACUCGUUCGAGAGCGCUAUUCAUAACAAUGAGUGUCUCUCGGACGCUGACAAGUUCGCCUAUUUGAAGGGGCUUCUGCUAGAUGAAGCGAAACCCACGAUCGCGGGCUUUGCAAUGACGGCGGCGAACUAUCACGCGGCAGUGGAAUUGCUACGAAAAAGGUAUGGGAAACCCAAAGUUAUUCAAAGGUCACACAUUACCGACCAUUUAAACCUCUCGCCCGUGUUUACUGAUGGAGACUUGGUGAGGCUGAGGCGAUUUCUUGAUACGACCGAAACGCAUUACCGCGGAUUACAAGCGCUGAAGGUAAACGAAAGUAUAUACUCGGGAAUCGUGGUGCCGGCGUUGAUCCAAAAAUUGCCUAACACAUUUCGAUUGACAAUUACACGUGGACACCCGGACUUCAUGGCCUGGGGUAUGGAGGAAUUACUAGAACAGAUCAAAGCAGAGGUAGAGCUGAGGGAAGAACACAAAGUCUCGGCGGGAACGAACAAGAAACCGCAGGAGGGAACGGCCGUCAAAUCAUCAGCAAGCUCGCUGGUUGUAUCAAAUGGACAGGGAACUUGUGUCUAUUGUCAAGGAAAACACAGCUCAGAGAAAUGCGAGGAGAUCAAGCUUCCUGGAGAGCGUAAGAAGCUACUUAUUAGGUAUGCUAUAUGUUUUAGAUGCUUAAGAAAGAAUCACAGAUCGUUUGAUUGUAGAUCUAAAGACAACAAAUGUAAGGGAUGCGGGGGCGCGCAUCAUGUAUCUAUUUGUGAACGUAACGAGGCUAAGCAAACUAGUGGUCCGGGAGAGUCGCAGCAAGAACGGGGGGAGAAUGAACAGUUAGAUGAAAUUACUUCUAAUCACGUAACUUCGGGGGGUACGGAUAAUUUGCAUGUGGGCUCUGGCACGCGCGUAGCUUUACAAACAGCGCAGGGUAUUGUAAAAGGCGAAGGGGGCGGAACUUCAAGGACAAGGUUUUUGUUUGACACCGGUAGUCACCGAUCGUUCAUUACCCAAUCAGUGACGCGAAAAGCCACGCUUCCGGUAGUCAGGCGUGAAUGGGUAUGCAUCAACGCGUUUGGUCAGCGCAACCAAAAGGGCGCGCUCAGGGAAGUCGUGGAGGCGUUUGUAGUGCCAGAGAUCUCUAACAUUCCUAAUAGUCAUGUCGAGUUAGUCAGAGACCAGUUUCCACACUUAGAGGGCUUGUGGUUUUCAGAUGGAAAUAGAGGUGAGGAGAGACUAGAGAUAGAGGUUUUAGUUGGAGCCGAUUAUCUUUGGCAAUUUCAGAGAGGUUGUGUAAUUCGAGGCAAAGUAGAGGAACCCGUUGCCAUAGAAACAGAGCUAGGAUGGGUAUUGUCAGGCCCUAUGACAGCUGAUAGUAAUCAUGAAGAGAUAGUUCAAACGACCUAGAGACGUUAGGUAUCAGGGAAACGCGGGGAGUACAAGAGGAGUUUUUAGAUAACAUUAGUUUCAAUGGAGAGAGGUACUCAGUGAAGUUACCGUGAUAGGUCAAUCAUAAGCCGUUGCCUACGAAUUACGAAAGUAGCUUAGGCCGCCUUCAUAGCACGAUGAGAAAGCUCAGGCAGGAGCCAGAAGUGCUUGAUCAGUAUGAGGCAGUUAUCAAGAAUCAGUUAGAAGCGGGAGUGAUAGAGCCAGUUCAUGCAUUAGAAGAGGGUAAUAAGAUACAUUAUUUGGCACAUAGAGCUGUAGUGCGUAGGAACAUUCCCACUAGUUCACCAGUUAGAGUGAUCUAUGAUGCGUCGGCGAAGACAGGUAAGGGGUGAGUGUCGCUCAACGAUUGUUUACACGUGGGGCCGUCUGAACCCUCUUUUGUUUAAUGUGUUGUUGAGAUUCCGUCUAGACAGGAUAGCUUUGACAGCGGACAUAGAAAAGGCUUUCUUGAACAUCGAGGUGGACCUGGAGGACAGAGAUUGCUUGCGAUUCCUGUUCCCUGAGGAUCCGAGAAAGGAAGAUUCGGUCAUCAAGGUAUACCGGUUUUGUAGAGUGGUAUUCGGUCUAAACGCCUCGCCUUUUCUGUUAAAUGGAACCUUGAGGCAGCACUUAAUGAAGUUUCAAGAGAUUGACCCUAGGUUUGUAGAUACUUUAGUUCAAAGCUUCUAUGUAGACGACCUUGUCACUGGCAGCCGCUCCCCAGAGGAAGCGUUUGAGUUGUUCCACAAGUCUAAAGAGAGACUUGCAAAGGGCGGGUUCAACUUACGCAAAUGGAACACAAACGACUGCGAGCUCCAGGGUAAGUUGAAUGGUGACGCACCCAGUAGUGAUACACAGACCGAGACAGGGAAUAGUCAGGGUGCGAACUGUGAGAAUGGGGUACAAAGGGUGUUAGGUCUACCCUGGGAUAGGAAGAGAGACAUCAUAGGGAUAGCGUUUCAGGGUAUCUAUGACAAGGCCCAGCAGCUAAAGGCAACCAAGCGGAAUGUGCUGAGUGUUCUCGCAGGUAUGUUUGACACACUAGGAUUGGUAAGUCCAAUAUCGGUAGCAGCGAGAAUUUUGUUCCAGACCCUAUGCCGAACAACCGAGUUGACCUGGGACGAGGAGUUGACAGGGGAAGUUAGAAAACAAUGGGAGGCCUGGGUCGAGGAGCUGGAGAGGGUGGUGAGUAUUGACCUUCCCAGGUGUGUACUUCAAACAUUCAAUGGCAAGGUAGAAAUCCAUGGAUUCGCAGACGCUAGUCACAAGGCAUACUGUGCAGUCGUCUAUCUUGCGUACGACGAGGGGGGAGAGAGGCAGGUAAGAUUGCUCUGCAGCAAAACACGGGUAGCCCCUCUAAAUGAUUUGCCAAUCCCUAGACUAGAAUUAAUGGCUGCGUUGAUUCUUGCGCGCCUUGUGCACAAUGUUAAAGAGGCUCUAGGUGACCUAGUAGAGGUAGGAAGGCAGCUAUACUGGUCAGACAGCAUGACAGUGUUAUACUGGUUAGAAAACAAAGGCGAAUGGAAACAGUUCGUGCGACACAGAGUGGAUGAGAUCUUGCGCCUAACCGGAGAAGGUGAGUGGAAACACUGUCCAGGUGAACAGAACCCAGCUGACAUUGGGUCACGAGGUGCCCUAGCCUCUAAGCUUAAGAGCAGUACGCUAUGGUGGAACGGACCAUCAUGGCUCUCCGAGACCGAGGAAGGAUGGCCUAAAACUGAGAUAAGGAAAACCAAUGCUGGGGCUGAGGAAGAGAAGACUACAGUAUGUAUGGUUGUCAAUAACGAGAGACAGGCUGAAGACAUCUCUGCAGUGAUUGAUAUCAACAGGUUUAGUGAUUGCGGUAAGUUGUUCAGAGUGACUGCGUACGUCCACAGGUUUGUACACAAUGUUAAAACGGACAAGGCACACAGGAAGACCGGUCGACUGUCGAGUGAAGAGAUUGAUAGCGCAGAGCUGCUGUGGAUUAAGUCAGCACAGUUAGAUGUGAAGAUGUGAAGCUAGGAUUAGUAGAAGUGUCAGGACUGCUUAGAUGCCGAGGGAGACUGGGUAAUUCUGAGCUCGAGGCAGAUGCUCGGAUGCCUAUAAUACUACCUAGACAACAUAGGUUGACAGAGAUGCUCAUAUUAGACUGUCACAGGAAGUUCCAUCACUGUGGCGUUAGAGGCACUUUAACUCAGUUACGGACGAGGUACUGGGUGCCACAAGGGAGACAAGUAGUGAAAGGACUCCUUCGUAGGUGUGUCACGUGUAGAAGAUUAGAGGGAAGGGCCUACGCGGCACCUCCAGAGGCAGACUUGCCAGACUUUACCUCAUCGAGGUAACGAGCACAGGGAGACCGUGCAAGUGGGAGACGUAGUGACCGUGCAUGACGACGGUAGUAAGCGGAACCAGUGGAAAAUGGCCGUAGUGGAGCAGUUAAUUAAAGGUAGAGAUGACAUAGUGAGAGGAGCUAGAGUAAGACUUGUUACGAAAGGCAAGCCGCAACGGCUAGACCGACCAGUCCAGCGACUGUACCCCAUAGAGGUUAGAUGCGCAGACGCAACACAUGGCACGCGAGCAAACAGCGGAGGGAAUGUGCAAGCCAGAGCCCGGUCUACGCGAGCAGCAGCGUUGCGCGCGCGGGAUUAGAUAGCGAUCGGGGCUGUGCUUGACUCAUAGGAGUCAAGGGGGGGAGUGUGUUCCGGAAGUUGAGCUCCUGAAGUAAUUACAUAGUCACUUACGUAGUUGUAGUUAAUUAUUCAUUGAUUGUAAUUGAUUGUUAUUUGAUACUCAUGGUAUAUAAGAACGGACAUGCGUUAGAUCGGGGGGUUUGGGGAAAGAGAUUGUUAAGAGAGAUUGCUACGAGAUUGUUACCGAAUAUCGAAGAGAUUGUGAAGAAUAAAGAAGAGAAAACGGA